CGUAACAAUGUAUCAAAGCUCCCAAUCUCCAAAACACUUAUUUUAUUGGUGCGAUGUCAUGAUUCUGUAAUCGAUACAAUUACACAUUCAUCCAGUUGGGCAAGGCUCCUAUAUCACAAAUCGCACUAACCACUUUACAAUUCCACUUGCAAUACACACGAGAACGCAAAGUAUUCUACAUUGCAUGCUUGCCAAACCAACCCUAACUUGUCCCUACCCUAUAGUCACAAAAGAUAGUUGAUUGCAAAACUAAUCUUAGGGUCAAAGGAAACUCGAGAGAAGGGAGAAUUAAUGGCUAUAAUUUCUUUGUUUUUGGGGUGGCGGGAGUCAUUAAUUGAUUUGGAUUGUCACUAUCUGGAGGAAUGAGAAAGAUUUGCUUAAAGUAUGGAAACGGCGGGGCCACUUUCCUGUCAAGCUUUAAUCAAUAACUCUGAAGCUGAUCUUUCACCACUUGACACAUUGACUAGCAAUAUUGUAUUUGGUUGUUCAUACUUCACUUGUCCUUUAUGUUUGGUUUUUUUUUACUAAAUACUGUUCCAUGUUCUAGUCCCAGUUGAUUGUUCUUACCAUCGCAAGUAGUAAAAAGGAAAAGUCUGAUAUAUAUAUAGUUAGUCCAUGAUGGCAUGACUAAUCCAAAAUCGAGACUUUUAUUAGCCACCUUGUUAGCAAAUGAGAGAUAUCAUGGAGAUUAACCUAUAUCGGUCAAACAAACUGAUAAGAAAAUAACAGUUCUUCCAUUUACAUAUAUAGAAUUUGUAACUUUCUUAUAGAAUUGUUUCAUUGUAAAUAAACGUUGGCUGAAACAAGUGCAACAAACAAAUCAAAAUAGUUUAACCUCUGAAUACUACAGAAGAUAUGAACAUAUCUCAUAAUGAAGCUGCUCACAUAAUGGCCCAUGCACCAACAAGAUUGGGAUGAGCGGGUGAUUUCGCUGUAUAGACCGCCAAUAUAUUUAGUUGAUCGGAUUAAGCUGGAUGAUGUAGCAGCAAAUUCUGAUUAAUGAAUGGAAUACAUGUUUAUGUAAAAAAAAAAACAUCUCUCAAUCGAGUAAUAAGGAGUUGUUAAGUCAAACAAUUACCGGUGUAUAUUGGGAUUUCCCCCCAAAAUUUGGCACCAAAAUGUGAGAAAGUAACAUAAUAGUAAUAUUGUUCAUGUUACUUGUUAGAUUAGCAUGCCAAUUGCACAAACCCAUCCUAAUCAGUACUAGUAGAAAAACAUGAGAUAUAUGCUCACGAACAACUCAUUUGCACCCCCGACUCCGUCUAUUACAUGUACUUAUAUUCGAUUCUUUCUCGCCAUUAUAUAAUUAACUAUACAAAAGUUUACAUAAACUUAUUCAUUAUAAAUUUGAAUGGAUACUUUUGUACUUAAAGACUCUAUCAUAAACAAUAUGAAUGAAAACAGGAGCAAAUCCUCCAUGACAUAAAUUAUAGAACGACUUCGAUAUUAGUUAUUCCAAACUUUAACUCGCCAGCUUGUUAAAUGUCAAAGUUGUGCAAUCACUAUGUCUGCUGCUGCUGCCCCCCAAACUUUAAUGACCAUUACUGUAAUUGACCUCAUGGCGUGGGAAUGUGUGAAAUUACUCGUAACUGCCUUUGUGACGUGUCAGCAGAACUCCUCACUCCUUCCUCGCCUUAAUUAUCUUCAUCAUCUUCUUUUUAGCUAUUUAUAUGCAACAAUUCCGAAGCAAAGCUGCCACUGCCAGUUCUUCUCUCCCACCACUAUCUCUCUCUCUUCGCUCCACUUCACAAAAACAACGAAAAAUGAAGAGAAAUUCUUGUACUCCUCUGCUUUUUCUUCUCCUUGCUUUCCUAUUGCUGUCUCGUUCCUUUUCUGCAUCUGCUCGUCUCCUCCUGGAAGCAGAAACCUCAUCACAGACCAAAGUAGGUAGCAGUGAUGGCGGUGGUCAGACGGAGUCGGUGAGAAAGGAAGAUCAAAAGACUGCGGCGGCCGAUCACUUUGCUUCUGCAGGUUCACUCAAAGAAGAAGACUUUUCCACGCUGAUGGGAGCAGAGGAACUGGAGAACGCAGAGGGAGUUUGUGAAGAGAACGAUGAAGAUUGCCUGAAGAGAAGGAUGGUCGCAGAGGCUCACUUGGAUUACAUCUACACUCAGCACCACAAGAACCCUUGAAAAUUGAACAACACAUAUAGUUAUUAAUUUUAUAGCUUUUGUUUUUGUUUUCCUUGGCACCCCCGAAAACCAAUGUUCAUAGUUUUAUAAUUAUUAGUCAGUUUGCAGAAUACAGUGAGCUUAGUAUUAUAAAUAUGGUAUAUAAAUUCGUAUUAGUAAGAAAGCAAAAUACGGAUCUUCUAGUUAUCGAUUAAGAUUUAAGACGCAUACGAUUCGAGACUAUUCCAGCUAGGGGUGUCCAUUCGGUUUCGGUUUUUCGUGUUUACCCGAAACCGAUCCGAUUGUAUACAUUUACGGUUUUUCAGGUUCGGGUUUGUUUCGAGUUUCGGGUUCGGUUUUGCUUAUCAGUUUUUCGGGUUCCGGCUAAAAACCUCCAAUGAAUAGAACUCAACCCGUAUUCUUAGGCAUUCGGGUUUUCGGGUUUCAAUUUUGCUUUAACCGAAUCCAAACCCGAUAAGAAAUUUUCAAAUUUCGG